GCUGUGCCAAAUCACGAGGCGGGUCAGGAGCACAGAGGAAGAAAAGCUCGGCUCUGAUUGGACGGCAGGAAUACAUCAACAGAGAAAGAUGGCCGAAGUAGUGGAGCUCCAAAAACUGAAGCUUGCUGAGCUGCGGCAGGAGUGUGACGCCCGCGGUCUGGAAACCAAGGGAAACAAAGGGGAGCUCAUCGCUCGGCUCCAAGCCUACCUGGAGGAGCACGAAGAAGAUGUGGAUGUUGAUGAAGUUCUGGCAGAAGACACACCGGACUUCACUAAAGUUGAGAGUUCCAACAACAUAAAAGAGGACAACCACACUGAAACGAUCGCAAUUCCACCGUCCGAAGACAAGAAAGUGGUGAAAAUCUCCCCUCCGUCAUCUGCUGGUGAUAAGCUGCAGAAGAGGGCGGAGCGUUUCAACAUGCCAGCCUCGGCUGAGAGUAAGAAGGCCAUGCGUGCCGCCAGGUUUGGUUCGAGCACCACUUCAAACCCGACUUCAGGUCUAGUAGCAAACAGUAAAGCUGCAGUGAACGUUGAUCAGCUGAAAAAGAGAGCCGAGAGGUUCGGCAUGAACGUCUCCUCCAUUUCACAAAAGAUUGAAGAAGACGAGAAGCUGAAAAAGAGGAAGGAGCGGUUUGGGAUCCUAACGAGUGCGUCCCCAGGUGGAGCAGAUGAUGUCGAGGCAAAGAAAAAGAAGCGCGCUGAAAGAUUUGGAAAAGUGUGAAUGUUUGUUUUCUAGAGUUUGACAGAAAAGGGCAGACUGAUUCUGCGCUUGAUAGUUCUGUUGUUCAAAAGUACACUUAAAUACUAAGAAAAGUCACAAGUUUAGUCUUUAAAGCACUAAACUGCUUUAUUUUAGUAUUAUUAUUUUUUCCAAUAGAAUUGCUACAGAAAAUUCAAGUAUUUGCUCCAGACUUCCUGGCGGUUCUUCACAAUAAAAGUCCAGCAGAUCUGCAUGAGAGCGACUCCUCUGCAAAUACUUCACAAACAUGGAAAUGGGUUCUUCUAAUGAAAAAUUAGGCAAAUUGCUUAACUAAAAGUCUCAAAGGUUUUAUUUGCUGUGGUUUUAGGGAUUAUGUUGCAGAAUCUUAUUGAAGAAAACUAGGAAUAAAACUUUAAAAAGAAAAUAGUGGACUUGGGGAAAACAUUUCCCGUCCCAAACGCAGGAAAAGCUGCUUCCUCGCUGGAAUUCUUAUCAAACUCGGACCGUGGCCGUUCACUCUUAGUAUUUCUCUGUACUUUGACUCAUCUGCCUGUUUGUUUUUUGUUUUCUCCUUGGGGGGGCGUCCCAUUGUUACGCCUGUUUGUGUCUGUUUUAUAACAUUUUGUGAUUUAAAAUAAACUUUUUAAUUUUUG